AUGAGACUUCUCAGGACGGACGAUCUUCGAUUUGAGGAAUUUCAUGGCCAUAGAGUGCCACCAUAUGCGAUCCUGUCACAUCGCUGGCGUGAGCUCGAGCUUUCGUACCACGACCUCGGCCAUACUGCAAUCGAGCCCAGAGCACAAAGCUACCGUAAGAUCAUGAGUAGUCGUGAUGAGGCACGGAGGGCUACCUAUCAGUAUAUAUGGGUUGAUACCUGUUGUAUUAACAAGUCUAGUAGUGCCGAGCUACAGGAGGCUAUCAACUCCACAGCAAUGGUGUACUUCGCUUACCUUGACGAUGUCGAUCUAUCUAAAGCUUCUACUACAUAUACUCCAACUCUCCAGGAGCUUCUGGCUCCCAAAGCUCUUGUCUUUUACGAUCGAAAGUGGGCUCGGAUUGGCGAUUCUGAAGAGCUUCGUUCCUUAAUCUCCAGGAUCACAGGCAUCGACUCGCAAUAUAUCAGCAGUACCCGAAUCGGAGGCGAGUCACUGCGCGUUCCAAGAAUUGGCAGGCGCAUGUCGUGGGCGUCCAACAGAGACACCGAGCGACUGGAAGAUCGAGCGUACGUACUACUCGGCAUUUUCGACGUUAACAUAGCAAUGCUUUAUAGAGAGGGUCAACGCGAGGAGAUCCUCAAAUGCAACGAAGAUGCCUCAAUACUGGUUUAG